GUACCCCAUAUGGAGAAUAAGAAAUAUGCGAUCGCCACCGCAGAAACCUGGGUGUUCUUGACUCAAACAGAAGGCUACUAGAGCCACUUUUUAGAAAGUACUAUUCCAUAAGGUUGAUAUGAAGCAAUGGAACAAGCUCGACGUUGCCGGUUGCGUUCUGGCGAUACUCCAUGAUCACGUGAUGCGAAUCCCAGCCCAGGCCAACGAGAACCUUGGAAAAAAAGAAAGCAACAACCGAAGAAGAAUGAAAUCAACGCUUCACCAAGGGGAUCACGCAUCUCUGUACUGUACAUUGCUGUCGACCUACCUGAAACCUCUAUUGACUCUUUCUGUGUAGCCUUUGCGGUUUCCCAAAGCUAUUUUUACUGCAUAUCCAACCCUCAGAAUCGCAGCGUCUUUUUAGACUUGACUUGCGCCCUUGAGAAGCUAUCAGUCGGCGCUGCAAACCACUUCAGCACAAAAUGUACAACCCAUACCAAUCACAAACCCCUUUCGGUAGACCACCGGAGUUUACUGCAUUCCCAGGAGGCCCCCCCGGCAUGCCACCUCCUCCCGGAUUGUCAGCCCCUGGGACUGGCCCUCCACCUGCCAUGCAACAAUCGAAUACCCAGCAACCUGGCCGACCAGGUGGAUUCCCUCCGAACUUUCAACCCCCCGCAAAUAUGCCCAAUAUUAACUUCUCCGCUCCUGUUAUCCGCCUUGGCACCUCUGGCGCAUCGAAAUCAGCUACUCCUAUGGAAAGCGGCCGGGAACGUGGAGGAGAGACUGGUGGGAGACGUGGUGGCCAGGGCCAUCAUUCGUUGGAAUCGCAGCGCCAGAAUUUACGAGACGCGAUGUUACAACUACAACCGCCUACGAAAGAAGAGGUUGUGCGGACUAUAUUUGUUGGUGGCAUAACGGAGGGAGUCAGCAGCGAUGAAGAUAUAGAACGGAUACUUCGAACUACGGGGAAUUUGAAGCGUUGGAUCCGUGCUACGGAUGCGGAUGAGAAGCCAUGCACGUUUGGUUUUGCAGAGUAUGAGGACCCUGAGAGUUUAAGCACGGCAGUAGAAGUGCUAAAGGAUAUUGAAGUACCUGUGAAAAAACCGACUCCAGUGAAAGAGGACGGGGAGGACGGGGACGAGGUUGAGAAGAGCAAGCUACUGGUGGUUUUCGAUGAUAGCUCUCUCAAGUACCUCGAACAAUUUGAGUCGACUACCCAGCGAGACCCUGAAGCUGAGCAAGCACGGUUAGAUGGGGCUAAAGCGGCUCUGGCCAAAGUCCUCUCCGAGCUUGCCAGCCCGCCAGCCCCUGCUAAAGCGGAUGAGCCUUCAAAAGUGGUGGACGGCGAGGGCGAUACCCCAAUGAAAGAUGCAGAUGGACAGAAAGACGGGAGCCCUGCUGAAGUUGUUACGAUUCCUAUUAACGUUGAGGAUGAGUUGUCAGAUAUUCCUGCGGAAAUGAGAGAAACUGUCGCAAAAGAAAUUGCCGCGUUCCGUGAAAGAAGCAAUCGCCGCGACCUUGAAAGACUGAAGAGAGAAGAAGAACUCGAAUCUCUAGAGCGAGCUAGAGCCAGUGGAUCUAGACCAAGCAGAUUAGCUUCACCGCCCCCAACGGCACCAAGUGGCCCUGCUGGAGGUGCAAAUGGCAUCCCUCUGGGGCCGAGGGACAGGGGUGUUCCAAAUGCUCCUUCGGCUCCAAAGGGGUUUGGCCAUCAGAUCCCAAGGGACUACCAGAAGGGGGUGUCGUUCGUGAACGGAAGCGGGAUAAAUGGUGCUAAUGAAGACGAGGAUACCGACGCAAGCGAUGAAGAGCUUGAAAGAAGGCGGAAGGAUAAGAAAGCCAUUGAAGCGGAGAAGCAGUACUUAGAUCAAGAAAGGAGAUGGCUGAAUCGGGAGCGGAGCAGAACAGCAGCAGUGGAGCGAGAAAAAAAUCGGGACAAGGAAGAAGAUAUCCGACUACAGGAGGAAAAGCAAAUCAUGGCUAAACGCCUGCGAGAAUGGAACGACGACGUCGAAGCUAGCCGAAAACUCGAGGAGUACUACGCUGACCGUGGAGUCUGGAUACGGAAUAGGGCGGCAUUUAGAAACAGAGAGAUCAACAUGGAUGAAGCCGAUCGUGCUGCAGAGGAACGCGAGAAUGCCCGGACUCAACAACAACGAGAACAAGCUCGCGGCAUGGCGGACGACUUCCUUGCCCGGCAAGCUGAGGAGUUGGAGUCCCGGACCCAAGCACCAAGAGAGCCACAACGCUUUAAAUUGUCUCUGGGUGCAGCAGCACAGAGAGCCCAGGCUACGGCGCGGAGAACAGUGGCGGAAGUCGAGGGUCUUCUUGAAGAUGAGGAGGACACGGGAGCCGCCACGAGGCGUCCACUUACUUCUAUUAAGUUUGACACUGCGGCUGAGUCGGCCGGUCUUACGGACGAAGAGCGCGCACAGGCGGCAAGACAACUUGCUGCAGAUAUUCCAUCGGACAAAGAAGGCCUUUGGAACUGGGAGGUUAACUGGGAGUUUGUGGAUGAGUCUGUGCGGGGCGAACAGCUCAAGCCAUUCGUCGAGAAGAAAAUUAUGGAGUAUCUUGGUGUCCAAGAGCAGAUGCUGGUCGACGUGGUUGAGGAACAUAUCCGGAAACGGGGACAUCCUCAGGAGUUAGUCGAGCUGUUGGAAGAGGCUCUGGACGAGGAGGCGGAGAUUCUAGUUAAGAAACUCUGGCGCAUGAUUAUCUUCUUCUCAGAAAGCGAGAAAAGAGGUCUCUCCGGCUAAAAUAUAAAUGUAACUAUAUGUAUACAUUUCCAUAGGAGAGAAAUGAUGACUUCCACUUAGUUCAUUCGGCGGGGUUCAUUCGGAUGCAGUGCAGUCUAUUUAACCCGGUUUGGUUUUAUGUGAGAUUCCCUUAAAAAUCGUUCAUCAUCUAUUAAUGAUUCAUAGUUAUUCGCCCUCUCCCUGGCUUUUAUUUUUAAUUUGUAAACUAGCUGAAAAUGGAUGCUUUAGCAUUUCCUUUUGACGCAUGAAAUAGUAUUCAACCAUUAGUCUGUUCUCUGCUCACGAGUCUUUCAGGAGUUUAUUACCUUCUCGUUCGUUUGAUACAUGGGGCACUACCCCUUACCUAAGGGGCCAUUUUUCUCCCCUCAUAUGAUGUGGUUUCGAAAAAGAAACCACUACAAGUCAGUGAAAUGGAAUCGAGGCCUCUCAAUCUUGGUAAUGUGGCUCAGUAUCACGAGCAUGAUCUAACCAGGUAUAUGUGAAUUCGAUACAUAAUUGAAAUCAUAAAGCAAAAUGGAAUGCCCUUCGAUCCUGGUCCUGCUUUACCUUCUUUUAAUAGGUACAUGUACAUACAUUACAUCAGCCCGCAACCACCCGGAAAUUGGGGGUUGAUCAAUCUCGCGAAAUAUAUAACCUUUCCUUCAUCGUCAAGGGAUCGCACGAUGCUGUCUACACCAACAUCGGUGAACCCCCUAGAAUCUUUACUUAGCGCAUGAAUGACAUUCAGUAGGUCGUUCUGGCUCCUGAUGGACACCCAAUCAGCAUAUUUUCAUCAUGACGGGCCAUCCAUAUAUUGGACUUUGCACUGCUGCGGCGCUUUGUGCAGCGAUACCAAGGAGCACAAGGGAGAAAAAUUAAAAAAUUAAAAAAAGGCGAUGCUGAAGCUUCAUGAUGAUGGGUAUAUAUAAUACAGGAAGUACCGUCCAAUUGAAGAAGCACAUUCCGCAGUUGAGGGUAGUCCUUCUCGGUCCUAUAUCCAAGUUUCCCUCAACAUCAGAACUUGGGUAGUCUUGAGAAAUAAAAUUGGCCCCCGAAAGCAGACAAGAUACAGGAUUUAUCAAGCGCGAAUGUCAACUUCUUGUCGAGGAUAGACUCUGAAGGAACGAAAACCUCCCAUCUGACUGUUAAGGACGGCAAAAUCGAAAAUUGAACGGCCAAUCAAUGACUUCCUACCACCUUUCGUCAUUGCUUGAUCUUGAACUACUCCUGUUCAUGACCGCACGGCUUACCUCGCCAGAUAAGGAAUGCCAUUCAAUUUUUUUUUUAUUUUUAUUUUUAUUUUUAAUUAAAACAACGCGUCUUUAGGAUACAGGUCAUAAUCAGAUACAUUGCGUCCCUUCCCCCGGGGCUCCACUACUCACCAUGGGACUGGCCUGAGAAGAUCCUGGACAAUCUCAAUCGGAGCUCAGGUCUCAAAUAGAAUGUUGGCUCAUGGCCAGUGAAAGGCGGUCGUAGUAGUAUCUGGUUCUAUAUCAGAUGAAUCUGAAAGCUACAUGCAUCUACCCGCAGAUUCUUAUGCGUACGGUUGGUACAUGGCCAUGUACAUGUACGACGUUGGAAGUACUUCAAGAAUCCAGCUUCUCUCAAGACCCUUGAACUCUUAUUAUCUGGCACUUUUUUGUUGCUCACUGGGCGACGUGCCGGAUUGUAUUUAGCAAUUAAUUCUUUUAUUGAACAACCUGACCUUAUUAUAUAUUGGAUUUUGCUUCUCUCCUUACCCCCAGGGGCUUCUUCCAACGAUCAACAAGGUUAGAAAGAGGGGGAAGCAGAUGUGAUGUUAAAAGAUUAUACGGAAAUUUAUAUCUUCUGUCCCCCACUGGUUUCACAACGCAUAACGUAGUAAUUAUACUUCUCUGUACACCCGGUAGUCGCCGUUUUUGAUGCAUAAAUCUUGUUCUGGCCUGCUUGAUGGCCCGUAUGACGCGACAUUCCGUCCCCAACCCCCAUCCAUAGGGCCGGAAUAUACUUCCUAUAAACGCAAUUCACAAAACGAUGCUUCACCAUAAGAGGAUACCGUUUUGGUCCCACCACCCCUUGUCAACAAUGCAGAAGCCGAGGGUUGCAGAACGAACUAUGCCGUGGGUCAAUUGCACAGCUGGAAUUGAAAGAAAGGAUGAAGGUGGUGGUAUUGGUACCCAACCUAUGUACAUCGUUGAGGAAGUAUAUGGAAGUAGGGGCUGUGUUAGCUCCCUUGACGCCUCCAGCCAGUGAUGAUCUAAGUGUUAUGCUUUUGAGGGAAUUUGGGAGGAGGAGGGAGGUCUACUUUUUUGGUCCUUGCUGGUGAUGAUUUAGUAAAUGUAUGUCUUUGUUGAGGGAUGGGAAUUGGUCGCCUUAGACUGCUGAAGCUGGGGCGGGGGUCUGUAGUUGGGGAUCUAAAAUAAUUGAACGCAUCAAAGUGGUAAGGAAGGAAAUGAAGAUGAAGCAGUUGCGUUUGGCAUAGUCAGGGUGUGUUUUUGAUAUGAUCGAAAGUCAGAGAGCAAAAAAUGCGAGCCUAAAUAUAGAGAAAGGGGGAGCAGAUAUAAAAGUAGCACUGCCUAUCGAUAUAUGUCAUUUAAUAGUAACAUGAGGAAUUAAGGGCAAUGUGCCACCGUGG